UUCAGAGUUCAGACUCCAUGUUGAUGUGGACGGAGCAGCAGAGGAAACCAGAUUCAAAGAUCAUCUGUGUUUCUGGUUCAUGUCUCUGAAUGACUGAAGUCCAGAAGAUGGAUGAUUGUGUGGAGAAAGAGGAGGAGAGACCAGAGUCUGCAGGAUCCAGCUGUCUGUCUCUGAAGAGUGACUGGUCCAAAGAUCAACCUCCAAAAUUCAGUAAAGAACCUGGACCCUCAGACACAGAAAGUCGGUACCGCAGUCAGAGACCAGAGUCUCCAGGAUCCAGCUGUCUCUCUAUGAAGAGUGACCGGUCCAAAGAUUAUCCUCUAACCUUCAGUAAAGAACCUGGACCCUCAGACACAAAAGGGAGGAAGAGGAGAGGAGUUGGUGUGGAGGAGCAGCCGUCCUGCUGUCCUUUGUGUCAGGACGUCCUGAAGGAUCCAGUCUCUAGCAGCUGUGGACACUGGUUCUGCAGGCGCUGCAUGAGCUCAUACUGGGACCAGUCUGCUCCACCAGGACUGUCCUUCUGUCCCCAGUGCGGAGAAAGAUCCAGAACCAGAGCUGGACUGCAGACAGCCAGUCAGAACAGAACUGUAUCAGCAGAUGCUGGUCUGCAGGAGGUCCGAGAUGAACACCAGACCAGUCUGAGGAGGAUAUGUGAACAUGUGACUGAAGGAAUUGAUGAAACAGGAAGCAGAACCCCCCUCAACAGGAUCUACACGGAGCUCUUUAUCACAGAGGGACUGAGUGAAGAGGUUGAUACCCAACAUGAGGUGAGGCAGCUGGAGACAGCUUCCAGGAUGAAGAGCCUCCCUGACGCUCCAAUCAGGUGCCAGGACAUCUUUAAAGCCUUACCUGGCCAACGUGGAGCCAUCAGAGUGGUUCUGACCAACGGCGUCGCUGGCGCUGGGAAAACCUUCUCGGUUCAGAAGUUCUCUCUGGACUGGGCUGAGGGCUUGGAGAACCAAGACGUCACCGUGGUUAUUCUGCUCUCGUUCAGGGAGCUGCACCUGAUCAGAGAUGAGCAGCUCAGUCUUAUCAGGCUGAUCCAAGUUUUCCAUCCAUCAUUCCAGAAGCUCACAGCAGAGCAGCUGGCUGCCUGGAAACUGUUGUUCAUCUUUGACGGCCUGGAUGAAAGUAGACGUUCACUGGACUUCAACAACGGUCCGGUCGUGUCUGACGUCACACAGAGCUCAUCGGUCAACGUGCUGCUGACCAACCUCAUCCAGGGGAACCUGCUUCCCUCAGCUCUCAUCUGGAUCACUUCCAGACCUGCAGUAGCAAAUCAGAUCCCUCAGAAAUACGUUGACAGAGUGACAGAAGUACGAGGCUUCACCGACGGCCAGAAGGAGGAAUACUUCAGGAGGAGGUUCAGGGAUGAAGAGCGGUCCAGCAGCAUCGUCUCCCACAUGAAGACAUCCAGAACCCUCCACAUCAUGUGUAAACUCCCGGUCUUCUGCUGGAUCACUGCUACAGUUCUGGACCACAUGUUGACCACAGAGCAGAGAGGAGAGCUGCCCAAGACCCUGACUGACAUGUUCUCCCACUUCCUGCUGGUCCAGACGAAGAGGAAGAGGAACAAGUACCAGAAGGGACAUGAGAUGAGUCCACAGGAGCUGACGGAGGCUGACAGGGACCUUCUUCUGAAGCUGGGGAGGCUGGCGUUUGAACAUCUGGAGAAAGGAAACAUCAUGUUCUACCAAGAAGACCUGGAGCAGUGUGGUCUUGAUGUCCCAGAGGCCUCGGUGUACUCAGGAGUUUGUACCCAGAUCUUCAGGAGAGAGUGUGAGAUCUUCCAGAAACCCGUCUACUGCUUUGUUCAUCUGAGCAUCCAGGAGUUCCUGGCUGCAGUCUACGUGCUCCACUGUUGGUCCACCAGAAACACAGAUGUGCUGGAGAACUUCCUGGGAGAAGAGUACAGAUACUCAUCUCUGGAUGACUUCCUGAAGAGAGUCAUGCAGAAAUCCCUGGAGAGUAGAAAUGGCCACCUGGACCUGUUUGUCCGCUUCCUUCAUGGUCUUUCUGUGGAGUCCAACCAGAGACUGUUAGGAGGUCUGCUGAACCAGUCGGAGAACCGUCCAGAAACCAUCGAGAGAGUCAUCAACAACCUGAAGAAGAUGAACACUGGCAGAAUCUCUCCUGACAGAAGCAUCAACAUCUUCCAGUGCCUGAUGGAGAUGAACGACCUCUCAGUUCAUCAGCAGAUCCAAGAGUUCCUGAAGUCAGAGAACAGAUCAGAGGAGAAGCUCUCUGAGAUCCAAUGUUCCGCUCUGGCCUACAUGCUGCAGAUGUCUGAGGAGGUUCUGGAUGAGUUGGACCUGGAGAAGUACAAGACAACACCAAGGGGUCGACAGAGACUGAUAUCAGCUGUGAGGAACUGCAGAAAGGCUCGAUUUGUUGAUUGUGAACUCUCAGAGACUCACUGUGAAGUUGUUGCGUCAUCUCUGAAGUCCAACCCCUCCCAUCUGACAGAACUGGACCUGAGUUGGAACCAGGAGCUGCAGGAUUCAGGAGUGAAGCUUCUGUCUGGUGGACUGGAGAGUCCAAACUGUAGACUGGAGACUCUGAGAUUGCAGAGCUGCAGGAUGUCAGCGACCAGCUGUUCUUCUCUGGUCUCAGCUCUGAAGUCCAACCCCUCACAUCUGGAACAUCUGGACCUGAGUCUGAACAAGCUGCAGGAUUCAGGAGUGAAACAUCUGUGGGGUUUUCUGGAGAGUCCAGACUGCAGACUGGAGACUCUGAGGUUGGAGGGCUGUUGGUUGUCAGAGAUCAGCUGUUCUUCUCUGGUCUCAGCUCUGAAGUCCAACCCCUCACAUCUGAAACAUCUAGACCUGAGCUGGAACCAGCUGCUGGAUUCAGGAGUAAAACAUCUGUGUGGUUUCCUGGAGAGUCCAGACUGCAGACUGGAGACUCUGAGCUUGCAGUGCUGCGGUCUGUCAGAGAUCAGCUGUUCUUUUCUGGUCUCAGCUGUGAAGUCCAAACCCUCCCAUCUGAAACAUCUGGACCUGAGAUUCAACUACAAGCUGCAAGCUGCAGAUUUGGAGCAGCUGUCUGAUCUGGUGGAGAGUCCAGACUACCAGCUGCAGACUCUCAGAUCGGAGUGCUGCAGUUUGUCAGAGAUCAGCUGUCCUCCUCUGGUCUCAGUUCUGAAGUCCAACCCAUCUGAUCUGGAACAUCUGGACCUGAGUAACAACGAGCUGCGGGAUUCAGAUGUGAAGCAGCUGUGUGUUCUUCUGGAGAAGCCAGACAGCAGACUGGAGACUCUGAGAUUGGAGAACUGCUGGAUGUCAGAGAUCAGCUGUUCUUCUCUGGUCUCAGCUCUAAAGUCCAACCCCUCCCAUCUGAAACAUCUGGACCUGAGUAACAACUACGACCUGCAGGAUUCAGGAGUGAAACAUCUGUGUGAUUUCCUGGAGAGUCCAGACUGCAGACUGGAGACUCUGAGAUUGCAGUGGUGCUUCUUGUCAGAGAUCAGCUGUUCUUCUCUGGUCUCAGCUCUGAAUUCCAACCCCUCCCAUCUGAAAAAUCUGGACCUGAGCAGGAACGAGAACCUGCUGGAUUCAGGAGUGAGACAUCUGUGUGGUUUCAUGGAGAGUCCAGACUGCAGACUGGAGACUCUGAGGUUGGUGAACUGCGGUCUGUCAGAGAUCAGCUGUUCUUCUCUGGUCUCAGCUCUGAGGUCCAACCCCUCCCAUCUGAAACAUCUGGACCUGAGUGGGAACGACCUGCAGGAUGCAGAUGUGGAGCAGCUGUCUGAUCUGGUGAUCAGCUGCAGACUCUCAGGUGGAGAGUGACCACGACGGUGUUUGUGCUGAGACGGGAUGAGUUGUGUCCUGGUGGUCCUCGGGGGUUGAAGCAGUACCAGUUUGUGUGGACUCUUGACUAGACCUAGAUGAUGAUGAAGAUGUACAUAGUUUCUGAAUAGGGCUUGGUCGUCUUGACGUCAUCACCUGGCAGAGCCGCCCUGUUGGAUGCUACAUUAGCUGCUCUUCGGACCACUGUGUACAGACGUGCUCCUUCUUCAUUGUGUCUUACUUGUAAUCGUUACUUUCCGUUAUUCUGUAACCAUGGUAACCCGUUGCUGUGUUGUAGCUGCAGCAGCUCCACACAUAACAGACGUGGGGAAAAGAUCGCUAAUGGUUUAACUUUUCCGGGGUCGGAUCAUUCACACGGGUUUUAUUCCCCACUUCUCCAGCUAAACGCAGUCGCUGGCCAGCUCUCUGCUGUGCGAUUAACCCCAAUCUGCAGAUAAAACUAGUUUGUUGAGGAAAAAAUAUUCAACUCUAUUUGUAGCUGCAGGGAAAAAAAAUAAUCCCACGAGGAAAACAAAAAUAUUGCUCAUGCCUCCGGGUCGUCUUCCGCAUAAUACAGCGGCCAAAAAAAGAAAAGAAAAAAGUAAGAGUAAUACAAAACAUGUACUGUAUGUUGUACUAUUAUAGGCUACUAAUUUAUUGAAACACAUGGCGAAACAUUUACCAAAUUUACAUUUACCAAAGUAGCUGCCAAACACUGGCAAACAAGGUAGCUGAAGACACCGGUUGUGCAGAACUGGGGCAGUAAGUCCUUACUAGUAGGGAUUUGAUUAGUUGUGGGCGUCGGAGGCAUCGGAGGUCAACCGAUGCAAAUCGCGCCCACCGUUAGGUAACGAAAGGGAGCAGAAUCUGAAUGGCUCGUGGAAGCGACGUCAGACUGGACGGAUCAUCCAGGCGGCUGUACAGACACUGCAGAAUUUGGUUGCUUUCCUCCUUGGCUGAGGGGAGACCACUUUAUAUAUGUUAAAGCAAGAGAAAACGUGUUUUUCAUAAUAGGUCCCCUUUAAGUUCAUUGAGUAAAAGGAAGAAAAUCAAAGUUUUUUUCUUGACCUACGUUUUACCAUUUCUUAUUUUUAUCCGAGUCUAAAAUUGAAAUAUGCAAAACAAGACAGUUUUUUUGUGUUAGAUUAAAAGACGAAAAAACAAAAUAAAACGUCACUUUUUACUUUGUGAUUGACAAUAAUAAAUAGACAGAAAGAAUGAUACACAGAUUUGCGACAAACACUCGCCAACGUGUUUGAAACAUGUUACUGCCAUCAAUUUUUAAAUAGGCUUAUUAUAUUCUUUGAUAUGGCAAAAUCUAUGUUUCAACAUCUGAUGUGUCAUUUAUCAGAUGUGUAAUUUAUUAUCACUAAAUCUGCCUAUUACCACCUGAAAAACAUUGCUAGAAUUAAGGGGUUUCUGUCUAAACAAGACAUGGAAAAACUUAUUCGUGCAUUCAUUUCCAGUAAAUUGGAUUAUUGCAAUGGCAUCUCACAGCAAGAAGGUCCUGGGUUCGAUUCCCGCCGGGGACGCUGUGGGCGCUGAAGUGCGUGUUAGUUCCCCCAUGACUUCAGCACCCACACCCUGGGUGGGGUUGGUGAAAGGGCCUUUGUGUGGAGUUUGCAUGUUCUCCCCGUGUUCCCUUGGAUAGCUAAUGUGAGCUACCCUCACAAAAACAUGCAGCAGUCCUGGCUCUACUGCCCCCUCUGGCCAACCAGGGCGCCAGAUGGGGUGGGGAGGAUCUGGCCGGAAUAACGUGAUCUUUCCACGCGCUAUGUCCGGCCAGAGAAUCCCCACCCUGUCUGGUGAAAAGAAGCUGCUCACUCCUCGCUUAGGUAGGAAAAAGUGAAAAAAUUAAUACUUACCUGCUGGACUCUACUGCCCUUACCUUUUAACAACUUGUGCUUUUUAUUAUUUUAACUCAUAUUUGUUAUACAUAUUAUAUUAUGGUAUUGGUAUUAUUUCUUUGGUAUUGGUAUUAUUACUUUGGUAUACUUUGAAUACUCUGUUAUACUUUGAAUUACCUUGUGUUGAAUUGUGCUAUACAAAUAAACUUGCCUUGCCUAUAUUCUGUUACAAUAGAAUAAAUCUACAUCACAAUAAAAUGUGUUAACGAGAU